AUGCGCAAGCGGCCCCGCCCCCAGCCCGGUCCGCGGCCCCGCCCCCGGCCCGUCCGCGACCACGCCCCCGGCCCAGGCCCCGCUGCGGGGCGGCCGGGUGGAGGCCCAGGCCCGUCCGUGACCACGCCCCCAGCCCGUCCGCGGCCACGCCCCCGGCCCAGGCCACGCCCCCGGCCCAGGCCCCGCUGCGGGGCGGCCGGGCGCUCCCGGCGCUGCAGGCUCAAAGAGCGGAAACCUGAGCCCAGGGCACUGCGAACGGCUCGGCUUCCCGGUUCGGGGAUCGGAGCACGUGGGUCGGCAGCCGGUCGGGCCCGGGGCUGGGGGCCCGGGGCUGGGACCCGGGGUCGGGGCUGGGGAGUUCGCGCCCUACCUUCCGGGCUGGACCACAGCAGCCCUCCGCCGGCCUCGCCUUCUGCCUUCCGCCGGCUCCCGCGGCCUCUCCCCGCCCAGCUCGACCCGCCGCCGCAGGCCCCGCCGCCCUCCGUGGCACAAAGCAGAGAGGCUGUGAGCCUCCUCCGGGCGGGGCUUCCGGGACGCCACCCGCCCUCGGCCACUCCCGCCCUCGGCCACUCCCGCCGGGUGGACUCCGACCCGCCGGCCGCCCGCAGCCAGAACCCAGCCCCGAAGGGCGGGCAGCUCUAA